AUGCUUACCUCACGCGCAACGUCGUUCACUGCCCGCCACCACUCAGCGCACCUCAGAGUUGCUAUCGUAUGCAACCACAAGACACGUUCCUUUCACACAACCUAUUCAGUAAAGUCCAGCCAGCAACAUGACAUAAUUGUCGUCGGUGCCGGCAUCGCCGGAGUCUGCACAAGCAUCGCAGCCGCAGAAAAAGGCGCCAAGGUCCUUCUCCUGGACGAUGCCCACGGCGGCGGAGCAUCGGCGCUCUCAGGGGGCGUAGUCUACGCCGGCGGGGGCACGCGACAACAAAAAGAAGCCGGCUACGGCCACGAUACCCCUGAGAACAUGUUCGCCUAUCUCAAAGAGGAAACGGGGGAUGCAGUCGAUGAGAAGACUCUCCGGCGCUUUUGCGACGAGAGCGUGGCACGGCUCGAGUGGCUCGAGAAGCACGGCUCCCGAUUCGAGGCCUCGCUGUGUCCCUACAAGACCAGCUAUCCGACGAAUAAGCAUUAUCUCUACUUUUCUGGGAAUGAGAAGUCGUACCCGUUCAAUAAACUGUCGAAGCCGGCGCCCAGGGGACACCGCAUGGUGCAGCCGGGGUUCUCUGGGUCUGCGCUAUGGCAGGCGCUCUUUGACUCAGCAAUACGUCUAGGAGUAGAUUUCAAGCCAGCGACUAAGGUUCAGCAGGUUCUUUUCAAUGAAAAGAGGGACAAAGUUAGCGGAGUUGAGAUCAAGACGUUGUCGGGUACCAAUUCGCUGUUCGAGAAGCACAAGGGCCUUACGCAAAAGACCAAGAAAUUCCAGCUCAUGGCGACUCCGCUAGCCGACGUCUAUCACCGCAAGGCAAGCAAAAUCUGGCAAGAGCAAUCCACCUCGCAGACCAUACAUGGUGGAGCGGUGGUCUUGAGUGCCGGCGGUUUUGCUUUCAACCCCGAGAUGAGGCAGAAACACCUCCCCGAGUUCUCCCAGGUCGCUCCGCUCGGGACCAAUGGCGAUGACGGGUCUGGAAUCAAGAUCGGGCAGGCAGCGGGAGGAUCAGUCUCCAAUAUGAACAACAUGUCUGCGUGGCGUUUCUUGUAUCCUCCAACGGCCCUGCUCGAAGGCGUUGUCGUAUCUCAGGAUGGAGAGCGUAUGGGUGCGGAGGAUGUUUAUGGGGCGGCACUCAGCGAUACUAUGAUAAGACAACAUGGGGGGAAAGGCUUUUUGAUUCUCGACUCGGAUCAAUGGGCGAAAGCAAAGAGACAGGUCUUCCAGCAGACUAACAUGCCUCUCUUGAUUCAGAGACUGCACUGGCUCUAUUGGGGUUACAAGAAAGCUGGCUCGUUGGCAGCGCUAGCUGGUAAGUUCAACAUCUCGGCCGUCGGUCUGGCGGCGACAGUCAAGACCUACAAUGAUGCGAUCGCUAGCGGAGAAGAGGAUCCGAUGCACAAGGAAGCCGACUACUGCAGCCCAGUAUCGAAAGCCCCAUUCUAUGGCGUCGAUAUUUCCUGCCGCACUGAGGGAAUCCAAGCUGUCAACGGACUGACGCUCGGCGGGCUGCGGGUGGAUGGCGAGACUGGGCUAGUCCUGACCGAGGAUGGUAGCAAGAUAGAUGGGCUGUAUGCUGCUGGGCGAAGUGCUGCUGGAGUCUGCGCCAACGGUUAUGUGAGCGGGCUUUCCCUUGCUGAUGGUGUCUUUUCGGGGAAGAGAGCGGGUGAACAUGCUGCUCGGCGGGGGUAA